GGUCGCCGCGGCGGCCGCUCUCGCGAGAGCGAGUCCCGCCGCUUCCCCCUCAGUCGACGCGUCCGCCUCGCCGGGGAGCCGUGAGGGGAGUGAGUUUUCACCGUGGGAGAAGCCCCCGGGGAAUGGGGAUUCAGGCCUUAAACGGGGAGAGAAAGCUCCUUCUGGCCUGAGAUUCCUGGAUAACAGAAGCAGGACCGCAGCAGAGAAAGCAGGAAAGAAGGACCAUGUCUGACAGCGACGACAGCAACUUCUCCGAGGAGGAGAGCGACCGCAGCAGCGAGGCGGAGGAGGUGGAGCAAGCGGAGGAGGAACGCCGAAGCGUAGCAGGCAGUGAGAAGGAGGAGGAGCCCGAGGAGGAGGAGGAGGAGGAAGAGGAGGAGGAGUACGAUGAGGAGGAGGAGGAGGAGGACGAUGACCGACCCCCAAAGAAGCCACGGCACGGGGGCUUCAUUCUGGACGAGGCUGAUGUGGACGACGAGUACGAAGACGAGGACCAGUGGGAAGACGGCGCCGAGGACAUCCUGGAGAAAGAGGAGAUAGAAGCUUCCAAUAUCGACAAUGUGGUUUUGGAUGAAGACCGAUCGGGAGCCCGUCGACUGCAGAACCUGUGGAGGGACCAGCGGGAGGAGGAGCUGGGCGAGUAUUACAUGAAGAAAUACGCCAAGUCGUCCGUGGGAGAGACCGUGUACGGCGGAUCGGACGAACUCUCGGACGACAUCACCCAACAGCAGCUGUUGCCAGGCGUCAAAGACCCCAAUCUGUGGACAGUGAAAUGUAAGAUCGGCGAGGAGCGGGCCACGGCCAUCGCCCUGAUGCGGAAGUUCAUCGCCUACCAGUUCACGGACACGCCCCUGCAGAUCAAGUCGGUGGUGGCCCCGGAGCAUGUCAAGGGCUACAUCUACGUGGAGGCCUACAAGCAGACCCACGUCAAGCAGGCCAUCGAGGGCGUGGGCAACCUGCGGAUGGGCUACUGGAACCAGCAGAUGGUGCCCAUCAAGGAGAUGACCGACGUGCUCAAGGUGGUCAAGGAGGUUACCAACCUCAAGCCCAAGUCCUGGGUCCGGCUCAAGAGGGGCAUCUACAAGGAUGACAUUGCCCAGGUGGACUACGUGGAGCCCAGCCAGAAUACCAUCUCCCUGAAGAUGAUCCCCCGCAUCGACUACGACCGCAUCAAAGCCCGCAUGAGCCUGAAAGACUGGCUUGCCAAGAGGAAGAAGUUCAAGCGGCCCCCGCAGAGGUUGUUCGAUGCCGAAAAGAUCCGGUCCCUCGGAGGAGACGUGGCGUCAGACGGGGACUUCCUCAUCUUCGAGGGGAAUCGCUACAGCCGCAAAGGAUUUCUAUUCAAGAGCUUCGCCAUGUCCGCUGUGAUCACGGAAGGCGUCAAGCCCACGCUGUCGGAGUUGGAGAAGUUUGAAGACCAGCCGGAGGGAAUAGACCUGGAGGUGGUGACGGAGGGCACAGGGAAAGAGCGGGAACACAACUUCCAGCCCGGAGACAACGUGGAGGUGUGCGAAGGGGAGUUGAUCAAUCUUCAGGGCAAGAUCCUCAGCGUGGACGGCAGCAAGAUCACCAUCAUGCCCAAGCACGAGGACCUCAAGGACAUGCUGGAGUUCCCAGCCCAGGAAUUACGCAAGUACUUCAAGAUGGGAGACCACGUGAAGGUGAUCGCCGGGCGCUUCGAGGGCGACACGGGUCUCAUCGUCCGCGUCGAGGAGAACUUCGUCAUCCUCUUCUCCGACCUGACCAUGCACGAGCUGAAGGUGCUGCCGCGGGACCUGCAGCUGUGCUCGGAGACGGCGUCAGGAGUGGACGUCGGGGGCCAGCACGAGUGGGGCGAGCUGGUGCAGCUGGACCCCCAGACCGUCGGGGUCAUCGUCCGGCUGGAGCGCGAGACCUUCCAGGUCCUGAACAUGUAUGGGAAGGUGGUGACGGUGAGGCACCAGGCCGUGACCAGGAAGAAAGACAACCGCUUCGCCGUGGCCCUGGACUCGGAGCAGAACAACAUCCACGUCAAGGACAUCGUCAAGGUCAUCGACGGCCCCCACUCGGGCCGCGAGGGGGAGAUCCGCCACCUCUUCCGUGGCUUUGCCUUCCUGCACUGCAAGAAACUGGUGGAGAACGGCGGCAUGUUCGUCUGCAAGACCCGGCACCUCGUCCUGGCCGGAGGCUCCAAGCCCCGCGACGUCACCAACUUCACCGUGGGUGGCUUUGCCCCCAUGAGCCCACGCAUCAGCAGUCCGAUGCACCCCAGCGCCGGAGGUCAGAGGGGUGGAUUCGGCAGCGGCGGCAGCAGUGGGGGCAUGAGCCGAGGCCGGGGUCGCCGUGACAACGACCUCAUCGGGCAGACCGUGCGCAUCUCGCAGGGACCCUACAAAGGCUACAUCGGGGUGGUGAAAGAUGCCACGGAGUCGACCGCCCGUGUGGAGCUGCACUCGACGUGCCAGACCAUCUCCGUGGACCGACAGCGGCUCACCACCGUGGGUUCCCGCCGGCCGGGAGGGAUGACAUCGGCCUACGGACGCACCCCCAUGUACGGCUCACAGACCCCCAUGUACGGCUCGGGCUCCCGGACCCCCAUGUAUGGCUCCCAGACGCCUCUGCACGACGGAAGCCGGACGCCGCACUACGGCUCGCAGACGCCUCUGCACGACGGCAGCCGCACGCCGGCCCAGAGCGGGGCCUGGGACCCCAACAACCCCAACACCCCGUCCAGGGCCGAGGAGGAGUACGACUACGGCUUCGACGACGAGCCCACCCCUUCCCCCCAGGCUUACGGGGGGACGCCCAACCCGCAGACGCCGGGGUACCCCGACCCCUCGUCCCCGCAGGUCAACCCCCAGUACAACCCCCAGACACCCGGCACCCCUGCCAUGUACAACACAGAUCAGUUCUCCCCCUAUGCCGCCCCGUCGCCCCAAGGCUCCUACCAGCCCAGCCCUAGUCCCCAGAGCUACCACCAAGUGGCACCAAGCCCCGUCGGCUACCAGAACACCCACUCGCCGGCCAGCUACCACCCCACGCCCUCGCCCAUGGCUUACCAGGCCAGCCCCAGCCCCAGCCCGGUGGGCUACAGCCCCAUGACCCCGGGGGCCCCCUCCCCCGGCGGCUACAACCCCCACACUCCGGGCUCGGGGAUCGAGCAGAACUCCAGCGACUGGGUGACCACCGACAUCCAGGCGAAGGUCCGGGACACCUACGUGGACAGCCAGGUGGUGGGGCAGACGGGCGUCAUCCGCAGCGUCACGGGAGGAAUGUGCUCCGUGUAUUUGAAAGACAGCGAGAAGGUGGUGAGCAUCUCCAGCGAGCACCUAGAGCCCGUCACCCCCACCAAGAACAACAAGGUGAAGGUGAUCCUGGGCGAGGACCGCGAGGCCACGGGUGUCCUGCUGAGCAUCGACGGAGAGGACGGUAUCGUCCGCAUGGACCAGGACGAGCAGCUCAAGAUUCUCAACCUCCGCUUCCUGGGGAAACUGCUCGAGGCCUAGGGCAGCUCAGGGAGCGAGGCCGGCGGGGACUCGCCUCUCGCCGCCCCCCGAGGGGGCCGGUGACCAGAACCACGGGAGGAGAGAGGGAAGGAAAAGAGGGGGGCAAAAGCCCCCUGCUUGAUGUGUCUCACUGUCUUUCAAUAAAAACUCAGACUCUUCGGUAGACACGGAAUCACGAA